AUGUUUAAAAGAUUUUCUAAGAAGAAAGAAGAACCUUCUGAUUCUGAUUUAAAGAAAAAAGAAAACUUGAUUAAGAUCGAUAAACCAAUUGGUAAUAUACCAAAUUCAAUCACAAUCCCAGAUGAGAAGAAACUUGAUGAAGAACAAACUAAAAAAUAUAAAAUUGUUUUAAAACAUUUCCAAAAUCCUGAUUUAAGAAUUCCAAAUAGUGAAAAACAAAUUAAGGAUAACAUUCCUGAAACUGAUGAAAAUUCUGCUCCUUUAACCGAAAUCGAAAAAGCUUGGGUCACUAGAGAAUGUAUUUGUCGUUAUUUGAGAGCCACUAAAUGGGUAGUAGAUGAUUGUAAAGAUAGAAUAGCUGGAUCGAUUGCUUGGAGAAGAGAAUUUGGUAUUAGUCAUUUUGGUGAAGAAAAUGGAGAUGUCAUAACAUCAGAUUCUGUAAGCAUUGAAAAUGAAUCAGGUAAGAAUGUUAUUAUGGGUUAUGAAAAUGAUGCAAGACCUAUCUUAUAUUUGAAACCUGGUAGACAAAAUACCAAGACUUCUCAUAGACAAGUACAACAUUUAGUGUUCAUGUUAGAAAGAGUCAUUGAUUUCAUGCCUCCAGGACAAGAUUCAUUAGCACUUUUGAUCGAUUUCAAAGAAUAUCCGGAUGUUCCAAAGGUUCAAGGUAAUAGUAAGAUUCCUCCUAUUGGUGUCGGGAAAGAGGUAUUACAUAUCUUACAGACCCAUUAUCCAGAAAGAUUAGGUAAAGCUCUUUUAACAAAUAUUCCAUGGUUAGCUUGGACUUUCCUUAAAUUGAUACAUCCUUUCAUCGAUCCUUUAACUCGUGAAAAAUUGGUUUUCGAUGAACCUUUUUCAAAAUAUGUACCAUUAGAUCAAUUAGAUUACCUUUAUGGGGGUGAUCUUGCUUUCACUUAUAAACAUGACGUAUAUUGGCCAAACUUAAAUGAUUUAGCUAAGGAGAAAAGAGAACAUUAUUUAGCAAGAUUCCAAAAAUUCGGUAGUGUCAUUGGUCUUAGUGAACUAGACUUAAGAGGUGAUCAUGAAGAAAUGUUGUUCCCUGUAGAGGCAUAA